UAGUGAUAGUUUUUCAAAAGUCUUUAGAUUCUGGAGUAGUUCCUGAGGAUUGAGGGUAGCUAAUGUAACUCCACUUUUUAAAAAGGGAGGGAGAGAGAAAAUGGGGAAUUACAGACCAGUUAGUCUAACAUUGGUAGUGGGGAAACUGCUAGAGUCAGUUAUUAAAGAUAGGAUAGCAGCACAUUUGGAAAGUGGUGAAAUCAUUGGACAAAGUCAGCAUGGAUUUAUGAAAGGUAAAUCAUGUCUGACGAAUCUUAUAGAAUUUUUCGAGCAUGUAACUAGUAGAGUGGAUAUGGGAGAACCAGUGGAUGUGUUAUAUCUGGACUUUCAGAAGGCUUUCAACAAGGUCCCACAUAAGAGAUUAGUAUACAAAUUUAAAGCACACGGUAUUGGGGGUUCAGUAUUGAUGUGGAUAGAGAACUGGCUGGCAGAGAGGAAGCAAAGAGUAGGAGUAAACGGGUCCUUUUCAGAAUGGCAGGCAGUGACUAGUGGGGUACCGUAAGGCUCAGUGCCGGGACCCCAGCUAUUUACAAUAUAUAUUAAUGAUUUGGACGAGGGAAAUGAAUGCAACAUCUCCAAGUUUGCGGAUGACAUGAAGCUGGGGGGCAGUGUUAGCUGUGAGGAGGAUGUUAGGAGGCUGCAAGGUGACUUGGAUAGGCUGGGUGAGUGGGCAAAUGCAUGGCAGAUGCAGUAUAAUGUGGAUAAAUGUGAGGUUAUCCACUUUGGUGGCAAAAACAGGAAAGUAGACUAUUAUCUGAAUGGUGGCCGAUUAGGAUAGGGGGAGAUGCAGCGAGACCUGGGUGUCAUGGUACACCAGUCAUUGAAAGUAGGCAUGCAGGUGCAGCAGGCAGUAAAGAAAGUGAAUGGUAUGUCAGCAUUCAUAGCACAAGGAUUUGAGUUUAGGAGCAGGGAGGUUCUACUGCAGUUGUACAGGGUCUUGGUGAGACCACACCUGGAGUAUUGCGUACAGUUUUGGUCUCCUAAUCUGAGGAAAGACAUUCUUGCCAUAGAGGGAGUACAGAGACGGUUCACCAGACUGAUUCCUGGGAUGUCAGGACUUUUAUAUGAAGAAAGACUGGAUAGACUCGGCUUGUGAGGCCAGUUCAUUGGCUAUAUUUAAGAGGGAUUCAGAUGUGGCCAUUGUGGCUUAAGGGAUCAGGGGGUAUGGAGAGAAGGCAGGUACAGGAUACUGAGUUGGAUGAUCAGCCAUGAUCAUAUUGAAUGGCGGUGCUGGCUCGAAGGGACGAAUGGCCUAAUCCUGUACCUAUUUUCUAUGUUUCUAUGCCUCUUGAAUGCAGGUUCAGUAGACUAUGUCUGUACAAUUGCUAUUUGGGGAUGGUAUUGUGAUAUCAGUUACUCCAACUUUUUGAGUCUAUCUUCGGUUAAACCCAGCAGCUGCCGUUCCUUCCUACAUUGUAUUUCGUGUCUGGAUUGUUUGCAAGAAUGUCACUGUGCGUUUGCACUUCGCACAUGUGACAAUAAAACACCAUUGAACUAUACUAUGUCUUCCAAUAUAAACACCUUCGUUGUUGCUGCGGUCUGCUUUGUUGAGGUUCGCUGAACAUUCAGAAGAAACGUUUGCAGUUGCCAGGGGUGGAGGCGUGGUUUCCCCAAAUGCAUCGUGCAGAACAGCCAGCAGCGAUUGCGAUCCGUGGUCUCCGUGAACCAAGUCUGUCUUCUUGGCAGCUCGGUGUCAGCAUGUGUUUGCACUCUAGGCGCUGACGUCAAACUAGCGCUGGCGCUGUGUAGUUUAUUACCCGGGGAAGGAGGGCAGGAGUCAGUGUCGGCGCUGCAUACUGUCUUUACACGACUGAGCUCCUUCACUCACCAACCCGGGACCCGCACGGUCAUACAAUCCCCUUGGGUUCGCUUUCUUUCCCUGAGCUUUCAUAUUAAAGGUUAAUCGACGAGGUGAUGCUUCUCCUGUCAAUGUGGCUCGUAGCUGGGACAUUAUUGCAGAGUUUGACUACUACAGCAAUACGUGCUGAAUCCAAAGUAACUGACAACAGAGAGUUUUUGGAAAGAUUUGCUUCUCUGGGUCAGGAGUACGGACUGGUGACUCCGCUCAGAACGGAUGCCCGGGGCCGCUUCGUGUCUCACUUGGUGUCGGGCACUGCGGCUCGGAGGAAACGGCAGAGUGGCCCUGAGUCUUGGUCCGUGGAUGCAGGGGAGGCACACGCCAAGCUUCACCCUCUCUUCUUCAAUGUCACAGUCUUUGGUCAGAACUGGCAGCUGAGACUGAAGCCCAGCAACCGGCUGCUGGCCCCAGGAGCUGUGGUGGAAUGGCAGGAGGAUGAGCGGAACCAUACAGAGCCUCUCAACAGGGACUGCAUCUACACUGGGGGCAUCAGUCAUAUUGCAGGAGCCACAGUGGCCAUUAGCAACUGUGAUGGACUGGCUGGCAUGAUCCGAACAGAUCAAGGGGAGUUUUUUAUCGAACCACUUGAAAAGGGAAAGCAAGCAGAGGAAGAGGAGAAAGGUCGAGUCCAUGUGGUGUACCGCAGGUCAGCUGUCCAGGUCUCGCAUCCUGAAGUCCUUGACGACUUUCAUCCAACAGGAUCUGACUUUGCUGGUGACCUAGACCGUGUGUAUGACAAGGUUGGAAAACGAUUGGAUGAAACCUUGAGGCAACGGAGACAUGCGAAAGAUGAUGACUACAACAUUGAGGUGCUCUUGGGAGUGGAUGACUCCGUAGUGCGGUUCCAUGGGAAAGAACAUGUCCAGAACUACCUGUUGACCCUAAUGAAUAUAGUUAAUGAAAUUUACCAUGAUAAAUCAUUGGGAGCUCAUGUGAAUGUGGUGCUGGUGCGAAUGAUCAUGCUGGGAUAUGCAAAGUCCAUCAGCUUGAUUGAAAGAGGGAAUCCAUCUCGAAGUUUGGAGAAUGUCUGCCGUUGGGCCUCCUCUCAGCAAAAAUCAGACCAAAAUCAUUCCGAGCACCACGACCAUGCCAUCUUUUUAACAAGGCAAGAUUUCGGUCCAGCGGGAAUGCAAGGAUAUGCUCCAGUGACUGGAAUGUGUCACCCAGUUCGUAGCUGCACACUGAACCACGAGGAUGGCUUCUCUUCAGCAUUUGUUGUAGCCCAUGAGACUGGUCACGUCUUGGGAAUGGAACACGAUGGUCAAGGAAACCGGUGUGGUGACGAAACCAGUAUGGGAAGUGUAAUGGCACCCUUGGUCCAAGCCGCAUUUCAUCGAUUUCAUUGGUCUCGAUGUAGUGGGCAAGAACUUAAGCGAUAUCUUCACUCUUAUGACUGCCUCCUGGAUGAUCCAUUUGAACACGAUUGGCCAAAGAUUCCAGAAUUACCGGGGAUAAACUACUCAAUGGAUGAACAAUGCCGCUUCGAUUUUGGUGUGGGCUACAAGAUGUGCACAGCUUUUCGCACCUUUGAUCCAUGCAAGCAGCUAUGGUGCAGCCACCCAGACAACCCAUUCUUCUGCAAGACAAAGAAAGGUCCUCCCUUGGAUGGAACAGAGUGUGCUCCUGGAAAGUGGUGCUACCAAGGUCACUGUUUAUGGAAGACUUUACAGCAGUUAAAGCAGGACGGCAACUGGGGAUCAUGGAGCAAACUCGGAUCCUGUUCUCGAACCUGUGGAUCGGGCGUCCGAUUUAAAACUCGCCACUGCAAUAAUCCAGCGCCUGCCAAUGGUGGUCAGGAUUGUCCUGGUGUAAACUAUGAAUAUCAGCUGUGUAACAAAGAAGAUUGCCCACGGCAUUAUGAGGACUUCCGAGCCCAACAGUGUCAACAACGGAAUUCGUACUAUGAAUAUCAGAAUAUGAAACACCACUGGCUUCCAUACGAACAUCCUGACUCAAUAAAGAGAUGCCAUCUGUAUUGUCAAUCCAAGGAAAUGGGAGGAGUCGUCUACAUGAAACAAUUGGUUCAUGAUGGUACUCGCUGUUCCUAUAAAGAUCCCUAUAGCAUCUGUGUAAGAGGGGACUGUGUGAAAGUGGGAUGUGACAAAGAAAUUGGUUCAAACAAAGUGGAUGACAAGUGCGGAGUGUGUGGUGGGGACAACUCACACUGCAGGACGGUGAAAGGAACAUUCACCAGAACACCAAAGAAGCAGGGCUACUUAAAGAUGUUUGACAUCCCACCUGGUUCUAGACAUGUGUUCAUCCAAGAAGACGAGGUAUCUCCUCACAUUCUUGCUGUCAAGAACCAGGCGACAGGCCAUUACAUUCUGAAUGGUAAAGGAGAGAAAGCCAAGACAAAAAUCUUCAUUGAGUUGGGAAUAGAAUGGCAGUACACCUUGGAGGACAAUAUGGAAACUCUCCAUACAGAUGGCCCUUUACAUGAUGCUGUGGUGGUCCUGAUUAUCCCUCGGAAUAAUAGCACCAAAUCAAGUCUCACCUACAACUAUAUUAUCCAUGAAGACUCUUUGCCAACCAUCAGCAACAAUAAUGUGCUUCAGGAAGAUCUUGACGUAUUUGAAUGGGCUCUGAAGAGCUGGUCCCAGUGUUCCAAACAAUGUGCUGGAGGUUUUCAAUACACAAAAUAUGGAUGCCGCAGGAAAACGGAUAAUAAAAUGGUUCAUCGCAGUUACUGUGAGGCAGACAAAAAGCCAAAACCUAUACGCAGAAUGUGCAACCUACAGGAAUGUAAGCUGCCUGUGUGGAUAGCAGCGGAAUGGGAACACUGCACAAAAUCCUGUGGGAGUUCUGGCUAUCAGAUCCGCACUGUCCGCUGCAUGCAUCUGAUGACUGAUGGAAUGAACCGCUCAGUGCACAGUAAAUACUGCACUGGUGAACGCCCUGAGAGCCGCCGGGCUUGCAAUCGAAAGCCCUGCCCGGCUCAGUGGAAAACCGGGCCAUGGUUAGAGUGUUCCAUCACAUGUGGUGAAGGAAUUGAACAAAGGCAAGUUACAUGCCGUGCAAGUAAUCAGUGUGAUGGGGAAAAGCCAGAAGCAACAAGAGUCUGCAGACGUCCUCCUUGUGGUGAUGAGCCCUGCCUUAAAGACAAGUCUAUAUUCUGCCAAAUGGAAGUGCUUGCUCGGUAUUGCUCCAUCCCAGGCUACAAUAAACUCUGUUGCGAAUCCUGCAGCAAACGCAGCAGCACUCUGCCUCCCCCCUUCUUCACCGGCACUGCUGAACUAGAGGAGUUAAUGGCUGAUGCUGACAACAGAGCUAGUAUGGAGAUGGCACCAACACAUCAACUGGAUACCGCACUCAGGAGCAGAAGUCCAAAUGGCAACAGGCUGGCAAGAGGAAGGAACACACAGCCCAGUGCAAUAACCACAGGCCUCGGCAAAACAAAAGGUGUUGGGUCCUCUCAAAAAAGCCUUGCUUCUGCUGACAGCAGGCCUCACAGAUUGGUGGCAUCACAGCAGCAUUUGCUUCAAAGCAGCACUCGCCUUCCCGUUAACAGAUCCACAGCUUCCCAGUCAACGGACAGGACAACAACAGACAGACAUACCACAUUACAGUCUCCUCUGGUAAACACAUGAAGGAGGAUGCUUCCUACAUGCAAUAGACAUUCCUCGGUGAAAAAAUAAUACCAUUGUUAAAAUUGUAGAUAUCAUAUUACACUAAAUAUUUAAAAGGACUUUGGGUUACUCCAGUGGAUUUAAACUGGCAAGUGUUUUUUUCCCUCUUUCAAUGAGAUGUGAAGUGCUGGCACUUUAUUCUUUUGUAUCUGAGCAGCCCCCAAAUUUUUUGUGCUUACAAAGUCACCAAAGAUUUUCCAAAUGUGGAGGACAGAACUCAUUCUGCCAGUUGUGACAACAUGUUCAUUUCAUACGAUGUGUUUAAAAAAAAAUCAAAACCAUACAAUUAAAGAGGUGCUAAUGUUCAGGUUUUGGCGGUGCAUUGAUCAAUAAGAAAAUGGCAUGUCGUCAAGUCAGUCACAUUUGUCAGUGAAAUGAAUAAUUUGUCAUUUGCAGCUGCUGUGUAAAUAUUGUACAUGCGAAUGUUAGCAUUAGUUAUUAAAAAUACAGUUUGCUCCAAUGGAUGUUUACCAAUGUUACAUAACCAUGUCUAAAUAUCAGUGUAAGCCUGAUAUUGAAAAACGGUCUGAUUAUAGCAAAGAGUAAUACAUAAAAUGGGUUGCUGAGAAUUAGUGGUGGCUGUCUUACUAUGUUAACUCAAUGCAUGUAUUUACUAGCACCCAUGGACAGAUCACUCUAAUGCUAAUUGCUAAUCUACAAACUACUCAAUAAAUUGCAACAUGCUAUUUCUUUCCAGGUUUACGGCGUUCCAGUGCCUAGUUUCCAGCAUCUAAAUUGGCUCCUAAGUCCACAGUCCCAAUUGUUGACAGCAGCAGUGAAUAUAUUUGCCAAAAAAGUAACCAGUUUCCCUUCUCAGAUCCACUCAAUCAUACAUUCCAGGGCAUUAGUGUGUGUUUACGAUGAAGAAAUUUGGCCAGUCAAGUGAAAUAGUCUUGCAUAAGUAUCUUGCCAAAAGAAGCAACAGUAUUCUAGCUGUUCCCCACUCCCUUCCCUCAUUAAGGCCCAAUAAGGGACCAAUUCCCAAUCUUAAUCAAUUUGCACAGGAUAGAAUUAAAACAUUAAUACAAUUAUAGUGAGCCAAUGAGAAGGAUGCUGUUACUGUGAUUUACAACAAAUAAUUAAGAUAUCACAGUAGCAAUUGAUGAGUAGAGUACCUGUGAUCUCAAACUUAAAACAUCUUUAAAAUGACUAGCAGUAUUAAACAAAAAAGCUAAUAUUUUUUGGAGGAGAGAGAAUAAGGUUGAACUAGUGUGAAGCUGUGUCCAGUAUUUCAUUACAUAAUCAAAUAAGUAUAAUUAGGAUACAACAACUGAAAGCACAUUGUGGAAUACUAGGAAGAAUGUUUGCUAUUGCCGUGCCAGUAAAUCAGAAUUUCCAGUCAAACCAAUGCCUGAAGAAUUACUGCUGCCUAUCCGCAAGGCUUUUGAAAAUUAAUUAAGCUAGUGUAUAGUUUGUAAAACGACAACUCCCAAACCCUCAGACAGUUGCUUAGAAUUUUAAAAUGUCCUUCAUGCCAUGAAGGAAAAUAAAAUGAAUUAAUUUGUUUAAUUUGCUUUAAUUUGUACAAUAAUGUAGAUUCCUGUCAUAUUCUGAGUGUACACUACUGAUGCUGUUGGUUAUACUGAGAGAGCACAUAGCAAUAAAAGUAACUUCUGACAAUAUGAUUAGAUCCUAUUUGAAUUUUCCGCAUUGCUAGCAUUUAUGCCAUUUCAUUUUCCUACCUGGUUUACAUUUUACACACUGUACAGCACAGCAACAGGCCCUUCGGCCCACAAUGUUUGUGCAAAAUAUGAUGCCUACUUAAACUGAUCCAUGAUCCAUAUCCUUCUAUUCUCCGCACUUCCAUCUAAAAGCCAACAUCACUAUCGUAUCUGGCUCCACCAUCACUCCUGGCAAUAUAUUUCAGGCUCCC